ACACACAGAGAGCACUGAAGAAAAGCUGCUUCCUGACCAUGACUUCCUGGGCAAUCUCCUUCCGGAGCCGAGCGCGCCAGGCGUUUGCGUGCAGGUCUGGACGGAGCUAGCCGGCGGCCCGGACCCCGGACUCCCGGUGGAGCAGAGCCUGGUGGUUGGACACGUGCAGCCCUCUGCGCCUAGGGUCUCACUCCACCGGUCUCCGAAGGCCUGGGCUUACCAUGCCGCCCCCCGCGGACAUCGUCAAGGUGGCCAUAGAAUGGCCGGGCGCCUACCCCAAACUCAUGGAAAUUGAUCAGAAAAAGCCGCUGUCUGCAAUCAUAAAGGAAGUCUGUGAUGGGUGGUCCCUGGCCAACCAUGAGUAUUUCGCGCUGCAGCAUGCUGAGAGUUCCAACUUCUACAUCACAGAAAAGAAUCGCAAUGAGAUCAAAAACGGCACUAUCCUUCGACUAACCACAUCUCCGGCUCAAAACGCCCAGCAGCUGCAUGAGCGGAUCCAGUCGUCGAGCAUGGACGCCAAGCUGGAGGCCCUGAAGGACCUGGCCAGCCUCUCCCGGGACGUCACCUUCGCCCAGGAGUUCAUCAACCUGGACGGCAUCUCUCUGCUCACGCAGAUGGUCGAGAGCGGCACCGAACGGUACCAGAAACUGCAGAAGAUUAUGAAGCCUUGCUUUGGAGACAUGCUGUCCUUCACCCUGACGGCCUUCGUGGAGCUGAUGGACCACGGCAUCGUGUCCUGGGACACAUUCUCAGUGGCGUUCAUUAAGAAGAUAGCAAGUUUUGUGAACAAGUCCGCCAUGGACGUCUCCAUCCUGCAGCGGUCCUUGGCCAUUUUAGAGUCCAUGGUGCUCAACAGCCAUGACCUGUACCAGAAGGUGGCGCAAGAGAUCACCAUCGGCCAGCUGAUCCCCCACCUGCAAGGGUCAGACCAAGAGAUCCAGACCUACACCAUUGCGGUGAUUAAUGCACUUUUCCUGAAGGCCCCUGAUGAGAGGAGGCAGGAGAUGGCGAAUAUUUUGGCUCAGAAACAACUGCGGUCCAUCAUUUUAACACACGUCAUCCGAGCCCAGCGGGCCAUCAACAACGAAAUGGCGCACCAACUGUACGUUCUGCAGGUGCUCACCUUCAACCUCCUGGAGGACAGGAUGAUGACCAGGAUGGACCCGCAGGACCAGGCUCAGAGGGACAUCAUAUUUGAACUUCGAAGAAUUGCUUUCGAUGCAGAGUCUGAACCUAAUAACAGCAGUGGCAGCAUGGAGAAACGCAAGUCCAUGUACACCCGGGAUUAUAAAAAACUUGGCUUCAUCAAUCAUGUCAACCCUGCCAUGGACUUCACCCAGACGCCCCCUGGAAUGCUGGCCCUGGACAACAUGCUCUACUUCGCUAAGCACCACCAGGACGCGUACAUCCGGAUUGUGCUUGAGAACAGUAGCCGGGAAGAUAAGCACGAAUGCCCCUUUGGCCGCAGCAGUAUAGAGCUGACCAAGAUGCUGUGUGAGAUCCUGAAGGUCGGCGAGCUGCCAAGUGAGACCUGCAACGACUUCCACCCCAUGUUCUUCACCCACGACCGGUCCUUUGAAGAGUUCUUCUGCAUCUGCAUCCAGCUUCUCAACAAGACAUGGAAGGAGAUGAGAGCGACUUCCGAAGACUUCAACAAGGUAAUGCAGGUGGUGAAGGAGCAGGUUAUGAGAGCGCUGACGACCAAGCCUAGCUCCCUGGACCAGUUCAAGAGCAAACUGCAGAACCUGAGCUACGCCGAGAUCCUGAGAAUCCGCCAGUCCGAGAGGAUGAACCAGGAAGACUUCCAGUCUCGCCCGAUCUUGGAACUGAAGGAGAAGAUCCAGCCCGAGAUCUUAGAGCUGAUCAAACAGCAGCGCCUGAACCGCCUCGUGGAAGGGACCUGUUUUAGGAAACUCAACGCCCGGCGGAGGCAAGACAAGUUCUGGUACUGUCGGCUUUCUCCAAAUCACAAGGUCCUGCAUUAUGGAGACUUGGAAGAGAGUCCCCAGGGAGAAGUGCCCCAUGACUCCCUGCAGGACAAAUUGCCAGUGGCAGAUAUUAAAGCCGUGGUGACGGGGAAGGACUGCCCUCACAUGAAAGAGAAAGGUGCCCUGAAACAGAACAAGGAGGUGCUUGAACUUGCUUUCUCCAUCCUGUAUGACUCCAACUGCCAACUGAACUUCAUUGCUCCUGACAAGCACGAGUACUGCAUCUGGACGGACGGGCUGAAUGCUUUGCUCGGCAAAGACAUGAUGAGUGACCUGACUCGGAAUGACCUGGACACUCUGCUCAGCAUGGAGAUCAAGCUCCGCCUCCUGGACCUGGAAAACAUCCAGAUCCCCGAUGCACCUCCACCAAUCCCCAAGGAGCCCAGCAACUAUGACUUCGUCUAUGACUGCAACUGAAGUGGCCGCGCCUGGAUGCGUCCCCUCCGAAACUGGAAAAUCAAGCUAACAGGAGAGGAGUGGAAACAUGCCCAUGCCUUGGAAUCCUGUUUUGGUAAAAGGAAGCUGUGGGUCAGCACCUGCUUUGACCUCAUCUGUAGCCCUGACAUUUUCCGGCCCCUCCCUGGCAGCUUGCUCACGUCCCGACUCUCCUGCUUCAGGCCACUGCCCACUGCUGCAGUCCACUGGCGUGCCCAGAGCAAAACCCACCGCCAGGAAGGGAGCCGAAGGGCCCUUCCAUGUAACCCCCGCAGGCAUGUCUUUCCCUCCAGGGGUAGGAAAGCCCGCAGCCCCAGACUGCCCCAAAACUUGCCAAGCGCACUGCCCCAAAGUACAUGUCUGGCAGAAAUGGCCUAGCUCCCGGUGAGAAGACCAAGCACCUGGUCUUUCUCCUCUUCGCUGUAGAGUCAGCUCACACCACCAGUCCAUCUGAAUUGAGACCUGCUUCCAAAUCUCCUCCCUCCUCCCUCCCCACCUUUGCCUUACUCCUCUCCACUUCGAUCCUAAGAGCAGCAGAGCAGCCUCAUCAGAGUCCUCACCAGCAUCAGGUCUCCCAGGCAGACAGUCCGCAGGUCCCACGCCUACUUUGCAUCUGCACUGUGACCGUGACCAGCCUUCCCUCCUCACUAGCUAGUCUUGGGUGUCCUCUUCCGCCCAGCCCAGCCCAGCCUGCCUUCCUCGUUCCCACUCAUGCUCCCAGCCUCUUAGCUGAAAGCACAAAUGGUGAGGUCAGUAGUCACGCUCCAUCUCUCGCGGGCGACACCUAAAUGCCUCUAGGAUGGGCUGUUACUAGAGGCACUUUGCAACAGCGUUUGCUGUUACCCUCUCCCGGGGGUUCUGCAAACAGGUUCCACAGGAUGGUCAAGCUGUUAGACAUCCAAGUUUACAUCAUUGUAAUUAUUACAAGUAUUUACAAUUUGCAAGGGUUUGGGUUUUGUUUUCUUCUUUUUUUGGUUUUUGUUUUGUUUGCUUUGUUUUGUACAAAAGAGUCUAACAUUUUUUGCCAAACAGAUAUAUAUUUAAUGAAAAAAAGAGAUACAUAAAUGUGUGUACUUUCCAUUUUUUUUAAUUAUUUUAAUCCCAAACAUCUUCCCGAGAAUAACAUUCCCUUAAACAUGCUGUGGAAUAAAAUGAUGAAUUGUGA